AUGUAUGUAUGUAUAUACCCGGACCAUCCAGCGAGACCGCUGCCCCGGAGACCAGCAGAGAGAUCUCCGUCUUCCCUGCCCAGCCCAGAAGAGAGAACAUGUCCGUUUGCUCUGGAGGGGCCCCCCAGUGCUCAAGACGAUGCCCUCCACACAGAUAUCCCGCGUGUCGUUUCGUCCGGCAUCUGUACGGCGGGCGGGCGUUGUGCGAGGUUCCCGCAGCGCCCUCCUGGCCUCCCUCUUAAGGGACGGCCGCCCCCAGGCCUUCAGUCUUGCUCCCGCUCCUGCUCCCGCCUGCCACCCUUCAGCAGUGUUGAGCAGGCCGUCGCCAUGGGAUUCAAGUCGGAGAUCAAGCAUGACCAGUCCUCAGAGGCCAACAGCCCAGCGGCCGAGGAGGCCGGCGAGAGCCUCUCCUCGAUGCGCGGCGGAACGCUCCAGGACAAGCGCGACAUGUAUCGAAUCGGCAACAGUCAGGAGUUGAACGUAGGCGACUCUUCUUCUUCGCCGUCUUCCUUGAAUAUCCAGCUGGCUAAUUGUCUCCCCGUAGAGGAACUUUCGAUUCGUCUCGGUCUUGGGAUUCGCAGCUGUGCUGAUGUAGCGAGCACUACUGGUCUAGUGAACGGAGGGCUGAGCGGCAUGAUCUAUACCUACAUCGGGGGCCUGUUUGGCUUCUCGUUUGUGAUUCUGUCCAUGGCCGAGAUGGCGUCGAUGGCUCCAACGUCUGGAGGACAGUACCAUUGGGUCUCUGAAUUCGCGCCGGCCAGCAGCCAGAGGUUCCUGAGCUAUGUGACCGGCUGGGUUUGUGUGCUGGGCUGGCAUACGGGCAUCGCGGGCUGCUCCUACACAGUUGCGAACAUGCUCGUCGGCCUUAUUGCAAUAAACAACCCGGGCUAUCAGCCUGAGCGGUGGCAUGGCACUCUGCUGAUUAUUGCGAUAGCCCUCAUGGCCAUAAUCUUCAAUACCUUCUUUGCGCAGAAGCUGCCUUUCAUCGAGGGGGUCAUCCUCCUCGUCCAUGUGUUCGGAUUCUUCGCGGUCCUGAUCCCUCUCUGGGUCCUGGCUCCCUUGAAUUCAGCUGAGGAAGUCUUCCUGAAUGUGGUCGAUAGAGGGGGAUGGGGAAAUAAUGGCCUCGCCUGUCUUGUUGGAUUAGGAGCUCCCAUCUAUGCUCUUAUUGGUAUUGAACAUAUUCCCUUGAACUGGCAGGCAAAUCACUAA